AUGACAGGCCAUCGCACAGUUUUGGAGACCAUUUACAGCUUUUUGAGACCUCGCGCACAGUCGGUCGACAUAAGCAGUGAUAGGUGCCAAGAUGGAUACUCAGACUGUCGCGGACCGCAGAAUCUACCACGACUGCAGUGUCCAACGCAGCUAUCUCCCUUGCGAAAGAGAAAAGCUGAGUCUUGGCUUGAAGACUCUGUUGGAUUGUAUCCAGCUUGUGACCCAGACUGUGAAGCCCACGAUCUGUUUGGCGACGUUCUCAACGGGUAUGCGACUCCCAAAAUAAAUCGCGGUGCGGUUCCCUGGCUCGAUAGUCUCCCCGAUCCGAGUAUAAACUCGGACGCAAAAUUAAGUCUCGAGGAAGUUGCAUUAUGCGGUACUGGUGCAUACCAUGACAGAGAAUUCGGAAUCCAAAGUUCGCAUUACGCUCCCAUUCGUAACAACCACGUCCAGUCUAUUCCCGACCGUUUUCAGAAUCAAGUGGCCGUCGGGAAUCUCUAG